CUUAAAAUACUUCCAUAUAUAACAGUUGAUUUUUGUUUACUUGGAUAAACAUAUGAUGAUGUCUUCCGACAAGAUUUUCAUAUUUCUCUUUGUUGCAAGUCAAGUUAUCUGUAUAUUUGGUGCCGUUAAUGUUGCUAUUAAUAAACCAACACGACAGAGUACGAUUAAUCUUGGUGUCAAUACUUCAAGUUGGGCUGGCUUAACAGCGUGGUGGUGUAUAGAUUUACUACAUGAGUUUCAUAUCAACACCGUUAGAAUAUUGGAGAGAGCUCAUGGUGGAAGACAUGAACUGAGUGAUGGAUUUGAGAUGAGAAUAAGUUCUAGUGGUCAGUGUGAUAAAGCAGGAUUUACAGCAGCUACUCCCUGUUUUAAAGAUAGCGCAUCAACAACAGAUUCAGUAUAUACCAUCGAGAGAUGCAAUCAUCCAGCAAUACCAUCAUUAUCCGCUAGAUAUAUUUUUAUAUCUGUUAAACGCACUGAUGCAAGAUUGGAUAUCUGUGAGGUUCAAGUAUUUGCAGAUGACUGUCCGGAUGGUUUCUAUGGUAGCAACUGUAACAUACGAUGUCCCACAUCCUGUCUGAACAACACAUGUGAUAAGAUAGGAGGAUCAUGUUCUAAUGGUUGUCAUGGUGAUCACUAUGGUAAAAGAUGCCAGUCUAUUUGUAGUAGCCAUUGUAAGGAUGGUAAAUGUGAUGACAGGAUAGGACGAUGUUUUGGAUGUAAGGAUGGUUACUACGGUGAUGUGUGUGAAGAAUCCUGCUUUACCUGUAAUGGUACAUGUCGACAAGUAGAUGGUGUUUGCUUGAUUGGCUGUAGGGAUGGAUAUUGGGGAUCCAAUGGGCUGUGCUUACAGACAUGUUCUAGUUGUACUUCCGGUGGAUGUCGAAUAGCAGAUGGCGAUUGUAAUAAUGCGCGGAAAGAUAGUUUGACCAAGAAUUCAUUCAUUACACCGACAAUUAAUACGACUGAUGAUGGAGAUAUUGUAUAUACCAUAGCUGUUAAGACAGGUAACAGAGCAAAUGCCGGCACAAAUGCUAGAGUACAUGUACAAAUUAUUGGAACCACUAGUCAAACCGGCCUUAUUCGUAUUGAUGACUUGAAAAGGAAUGAUUUUGAACAAGGGUCGACAGAUGUUUUUGAGCGAAAAGCUAAUGAUGUCGGGGAAAUCAAACAAGUUCUUUUAAAACGUGACAACAACGGUGUAAAUCCAAGUUGGUAUGUUGAAAAUUUGAUUCCAAGAUUGUAGCAAAGGCAACCUGCGAUGACGAUAUGUAUUUCUACGCGGAUGGUGUUUUAAUGGCAAACCCCAGUAAUUGGGGAAUUGAAGUAGAAAUAGACCUUCCUGACAACACGAUAGUUAUUGGAGUACAUUGUGUGGACAUAGGAGGCUUCGGUGGUAUCUACGUUACUUUCACUUUAAAUCAAACUUAUACAACGGACUCAUCAUGGAAAUGUUCAGCAAAAUUUGAAGAAAACUGGAGUACACCGGGUUUUGAGGACGGAAAGUGGAAUGCUGCUUUUAGUACUUACGAACCACAUCACAAGCGAACCAAUUGGAUAUGGACAUCUGAGUUUCAUGAAGGAGACAAAAACGUAUAUUGUAGGAAAAAAAUAAAAGUUGAACCAAUAAUAAGAACAAUAACAUCUGAUGCUGUUGACAACAUAAUAGAUGAAAACUCCAGCGUUACUAUUAACUGUUUGGUUGAAAGUAUCCCAGUGGCGCAUGUAUCCUGGUCCAGAUCACAACAAGGGGGACAACUCUAUUCUGGUAGUCAUAUACCAUACCUAAAGCUAGUUGUAAACAUACAGAUAACUAUACCUGUACAGCUAGUAAUAAUAUUGGUCAACCUGUAUCUAAAACUAUUCCACUCAUUGUUAGAUGUACCCCAGUUGUUAUGACUACCCAGACUAUAGUUAUUAUAACUAUGGAUGUUAUAGUUGUACCACGUGGAGAAACGGGUAUAAUAUCAGUCAACGUUUUAGCUUAUCCACUUCCGGUAUUCACCUGGUAUUAUCACCAAAAAGAUGGCAGUCACCAACCAGUUACCAUGGUUACAGGUAGAAGAAGUAAACAAACAGAUGAUGGUCUAUAAUCAACAUUAACUAUACACGAUAUUAGAUACGAAAAUGGGGGCAUUUAUACAGUUAAAAUUACCAAUAGUCUGGGUGCCACCUCCAAGACGUACACACUAUCUGUGAUCUCUAACGAAGACGCUGUAAAGGAAGCUGUCGAUGACAAGCUAGGAGUUGAUAUAGCUAUAGCUAUAGGUGUUGGUAUUGGUCUGGUUGUUAUUUGUUAUUAUAUGGUGUAUCAAGAAGAGAAGGGAUGCCAUCAUGUCAAAUGAUGGACACGGUGUUAAUGACACAGUAAGCUCCCAGUCCAGAGAUAUUACCACCAGAUAUUGUAAUAGUCCUGUAGACACUGGUGAUUCUGGAAAAUAUGUAAACACUCUAUAUACCUCUACUUCCUCCGACUACGAAGGACUGGAUGAACUUACUAUGGACCAUGGACCGAACAUCUAUCUACCACUCACGAACAAGAGACAGGGUCAUUGAGUCUUAUCUCAAUACACACAACCACAUGGUCAAACUUACGAAAUGACUGGAUGAACAAACUAUGGACAAACAACAAAUCUUUCGGACCUUCUUCAACUAAAGAAUGGAACAAAUUGGAUCUCGAUAUCUGAAUUUCGCCGUUUUAAAUGGCAGAAGAGAGAAUCAGAUCAUACAUAGAAGACCUUCUACAUAAAUGGACAUAAAUUGUAACGACACUGGCAGCUACAGUCAUCGAUUUGAAGAUUCUGAACAUUUUCUCCACUGGUGCCCACUAUAUUCAGAUGCACGAAAAAACACAAUGAAUCUUUACCAUUAUAUCAGCAAUCAAUGGCUUCUAUUGGGUAUAAAUAAUCAGACUACAACUAAUCAUGUCUUUAAAAUAGUACAUUAAUACUUUCAUGUCGCCAGAUGUUUCAAAAUCUGAGGAUUUUUCUCUUCUGAUCAAUUUGUAAUCAUGUUAUAAAAUAGCCUCUUCAUUUUUAUUUUCUUAUAAAUAGUGUAUACAGUUGAUUUUUUAUAUGCUUUUUUUAGUUUCCCAUUAUUUUAUAAUAUUUUUUAUAAUAUAUUUGAUAUUCCGUGUAUGAGGUAAUGGGUGAUGCAUGUUCCCUGAUCCCUUUUCAUCAAAUUGAAAUAAAAUAUUGUUUUCACAAAGAAAGAAAUAGAAAGAAAAAACAACCCAACAUUUGUCAACAAGUUACACAAGGAC